UCGCAAGUUGAUUGCGUCACAGGUCGUUCUCCAAUCACAGCGCCGAGCGCCAAGUUCCUGUAAAACAAAACAUCAACAACAUGGCGGAAAAAGACACGGAAAUUACAUUUAAGAAGGAUACAGUAAGCAAACUGUUAUCAAGCUGCUUCAAGGAGGACAAAACCAGAUUAAGUGGCGAGGCUGCACUGCUCAUGGCGGAUAUGCUGAGAAUAUUUAUUCAAGAAGCGGCUGUGCGAUCGAUGAAACAAGCUGGAAGUGAAGACUGUGACCAAGUGGGCAUCGAACACUUUGAAAAGAUCCUACCUCAGCUGCUGUUGGACUUCUAGCACACUGCUGCCACAAGAUGGUGCCAGAGCACUUCACUAGUGACUCCGGCCAUCCCCUUUUCUGUUGUCUUGUUUGUAAUUCUCCCUGACUGUAAUCACUGCAUUACAUGCCUUCCCUCGUAUUAGGUGAGUGUGUGAUUUUUUUACCCCCCCUUUCGAAGUGGAAAAACAGCCCCCAUUCCUGCGCCAAUAAGACCCACCUGUGCUCCUCUGCGCAACAACAGGUGCUUGCAGCAUGCUUCAUCAAAGCCUCCUGGAGCAGUUGGAAGCAAUUAGAGUAAUAAGGGGAGCAGGCAGUCUCUUAGAUGAUGACAAGUGCCAGGAGGGGGGAAAAAAAAGAAAAGAAGUACCCCCUCCGGCCACUUUGAAGUUCCCUUUUGCUGUCCUGCGAUGUUUAGUUAGAGGUGGAGGGAAGGCCAAAGGGGAGUUUUGGCACAGGAGGAACUUAGAAUGGGAGUGAGUAUGCGUGCACCAAUGCGUGUGCAUGUGUUAGCCAAACAAGGCAGAGAGACCACACGCGUAGAUAGAAAGGAAACGUAAGAAAACCCUUUGGAAGAUGGUCCAAGAGGAGCAGGGUGUAAUUCUGAAAGUAAAUAAACAAAAGAGGCGUGCAGAAGAGGUGCUGCUCCUCCUUUCAUCACUGUGGAAGAGGGGCGUCUCUAACCCGCGUGCUUCUAAUGGUUUUCCACAAGUGGUGUGUACCUUGACCCAUAUGUCUCCGUUAUGAGUCAGCAUAGCUGCACAACACCUCACACUAUUUAUUUGUGUGACGUGACUCACCGCUGCAUCGACAAACACAUCUGGAAGCAACUUGGUGCUAAAGGUUUCUAGCGCGGGCCCCUGGUGGGUGCUCAAAGACGCACCACCUGGAAUUCCACACCUUGUGUUGUGGAUUUCUCCGCUCUGGCCACAGCAGGCCUUGCAGGAGUGUUUGGUUUAAUGAGGGGGACUAUUGUCGGUCACUUCAUUGGGCGGCUUAUUAAUAUGCGGUGGCGUCCACAGCAACAAACCACCACUUAUCAUGCAGGCAACCUGCUUAUUGUGCUGAAGAACUACAACUUUUACGGCUUUGUUACCUCAUACUGACUCGUAAUCAGGAGGAUAUAACGUCAACAAAUAGAUAUGAAGUUUAUUUGGAGAUUUAAGUGUUGAAAGGGAAAAAAAGUUAACACUUGUUUAAGUCCCCAAGAUCUUCAGUGCUGAAUUUUGUUAAAAACUUAAAAUUAUGAAUUAUUGACCUAUUUAAGGCUCCAAUUAGUUCGCAUCAAAUAUUUAAGUGUUGAAAGUAAAAAUAAAUCAAUGCAUGACUUACUUUUAUGACUGUAACCCUUUUCGGGACCUGUAACAUUCACCACAUUUGGGAGAUUCCAAAGGUUUAACAUAGAACGCCAACGAAAGGUUGAUGUCUGACCAAGUUUCUUAAAUUUUUCACACCAAAAACCCAAAACCUGCCACACAGAUGUCACCGCUUUUGGUGUUGUUUUUUCUUUGGUUUAGUGUUUAUUUCUGUCUAGCGCUCUUUUGUUCCACUUCCUGUUUUGGUUUUUCCUGCAGUGACUUUACCCCUGCUUUUGAGUGCUAUUUUCCCUCACCUGUCCCUGAUUGCCCAUCAGAAGGGUUUAUUGACCAGCAUCGCUUGCCUCUGGACGCCGGUUCAUUGUCUUAUGUUUAUGUCUCACGUUGCCGUUUGCACGACCUGUAUCAUUUUCUUCUGCCUGGUCCUUGAUUAAAUGACCUUCCUAUCUGCACUUCGCAUCCUGGGGUCAAGCCAACAGCCAUGAGGCGCCACCCGGACAAUUAAAGAUGUCCAAAAAUUAUGGAAAUAAAGUCCUUAUUUUGCAGUUAAAAACAAAUUAUAAAAAGAAAGCUGAAAUAUGUGUUAAUGAAAAAAACAAAAAUGACCAAAUUUAUGUUUAUUAAGCUGAUAUGAAGGUUGUGUAUUUUCUUUAAGUAUACAGUAACUUUGUAACAUGCCUACAUAGGUUGGAAAUUACAUAACGCAAGGGUUCUUAACUUUUUAGGACUCAGGGGCUAACUUUUCCACUGAGAUAUAAACACUGAUUUAGUAAUCACACUCUUGAUUUUAAAUAAUAUUCAAUAAUUACAGUCUUCUGUAUCCAACCUACUUGCAGGAGAAAUGAUAUGAAGGCAUGUCUUAAUCACAAAUAUUAUCAAGGCUUGGGCCAGACUGCAUACGAAACAAAGACUAAUCAAAUAUUCUGCAAAAGAAAUGACACAAAAACUGAUGAAAAAUAUAUUAUCAUGCAAUUACUAUCUGUCUAUCUGGCGACUUGUCCAGGGAGUACCCCACCUACCGCCCGAAUGCAGCGACCCCCCGCAGCCCCGAAAGGGACAAGUGGUAGAAAAAUGGAUGGAUGGAUGGAAUUACGCUUUGCUAAAAUAUAGAAAUUCUAACUAAAUCAGUAAAUGAUAAUGUUUUGUAAAUAAACAGUCAAUAAAAUUUAAGUGCAAAUGAAAAUACAGGUUUGCCACUUAAGUCAUAAUUUUUAAAGUCAUAAACUUUUAUGACUUAAGCUCCAGGCUUCUUCUGUUUGUUUAAGAUUGUCAUUACUGCCACAAGUGGUGAAAAAGUGUAUUACAACUACGUACUGCAGUGGCCAAUACAGACUACAACUGAGAAACAGAUAUUUUUUGCAGCCCUCUAAGGGGCGCUCGUGGCCAAACAAUCAAUCAAUGUUUAUUUAUAUAGCCCUAAAUCACAAGUGUCUCAAAGGGCUGCACAAGCCACAACGACAUCCGCGGUACAGAGCCCACAUAAGGGCAAGGAAAAACUCACAACCCCAAUGGGACGUCGAUGUGAAUGAAUAUGAGAAACCUUGGAGAGGAGGGGAGACCGGAUGCAAUGGACGUCGAGUGGGUCUGACAUAAUAUUGUGAAAGUCCAGUCCAUAGUGGAUCUAACAUAACAGUGAGAGUCCAGUGUCCAAACAAUGGGCCCUGCCCUAUGGUUAAGAAACACUGACAUAAUGUAGAAUAACAAAAUGGCCCCAGCAUCCUCUGAUUUUUCACUAAAAGGCUCUCAGUGGAAAAAGUUUGCUGUAGAACUGCAUCCUGGUGACGUUAUGUACAAUCGUGCAACUUUUCUCCCUCUUACGCAUCUCCUUGGAAAAAAUGACAUGUCGAGGCAGCGGUAUUAAACAUGCGAAAGCAGUUGGGAAUGGGGAGGGGCAUCAGAAGGUAAAAUAAUGAUUUCAACUUUUUUAUUCUGGAUGGCAACAUGAAAGGCAAGGAGUGUCCGCCCAGACACUUUGGACAAGCUCCGAAAUGAGGCGGUUUCCGGUAGUCGAGACUGAUCUGCCUGGUCAUCAUUGCACAAUGACUAAUACAUUGAUUCUCAAACUGUGGUGCAGGCUCCAUUUAGUGGUAUGCCAAAUAACUUAAUCAAAUAUUCCAACACAUUGUUACUGUUAAAAAUGUGUGUAAUGCUACAGUGGCCAACAUAUUAAAUGUGUUUGUUAAAUAAAACCUCUGCCUUGUUUUUAAUGAAGUAUUCUAUGCCUACUAUACGCUACUGUAUUCUAUUGUUGCUCAUGGUGGUACUUGGAAAGCCAAGUGUUUUCUAAGGUGGGUCUUGGUAAAAAAAAAAAAAAAAGAAGCUGAUGAACAACUGGACAAAUACAUCAAAUACUGUUUGGAAAAUACCAAAAUACGUGCAUCGAGACCCCCUUUCUACUCCAUUUUGUCGAAACAUGCACCAGGCUGCCCAGUGCUAUUAUAUUUCUACUCAUAUUGCAUUACAA